AAAACGUCCUCCACUGUAAACGGUAGUUGAAUGCCUACGUUAACUGUGAUGAUUGACAGCUGACAGAACAUUUCGCGCCUUAAACAACAUUACGAGCAGUGAGUCUGUUCAAGAUUAUUCACACAAAGUGCUGCAGAUGACGAGAAAUAGUAGGCUGCCAUUAAAACAGAAAAGGCAGCUAUAGCUCGGUGCUAACCAUUUUUGCAGGAUUUGGGCAGAAGCAGACUGAUCAUGAGCACAGAGACUCAUGUGAAGGACAUUAAACCUGGACUCAAGAAUCUCAAUGUCAUCUUCAUCGUGCUGGAAACAGGACGAGUGACAAAGACCAAAGACGGUCAUGAGGUGCGCACGUGUAAAGUGGCUGACAAGACGGGAAGCAUCAGUAUAUCGGUUUGGGACGAAGUCGGUGGCCUCAUCCAGGCUGGUGACAUCAUCAGACUUACCAAAGGUUAUGCCUCAGUUUUUAAAGGCUGUUUGACGCUGUACACUGGAAGGGGAGGUGAACUACAGAAGAUUGGAGAAUUCUGCAUGGUGUAUUCAGAGGUGCCAAACUUUAGUGAGCCAAAUCCAGAAUAUUUGGCCCAGAUGAAUAAAACGGGACUGAAUGACCAGAGCAACAUGAACAGCAGCACUGCUGCACCUGCAGGUAAUGACACUCCCAAUGGAAAUGGGGUGAAUUCUCAAGGCUCUGGCAACUCUACUAAUCCACAGCCGAGUGGACGAGCAAGUAGUGGAAAUGGAAACAAGUCGACACCAAGUCCGGGUGUGGGAGGAAGUUCUGUGAGCAAUGGCAAGGAGACACGGCGAACGGUCAAAAGAUGAUUUUGUUCAAUAAUGAAUCAGCAUACAGUAAUAAUUUCAAAAUGGUUGUGAGCAGCUAUUUGUCAUGUCUCAUUUGAAGACAUGUAUUGCUAAACUAUAUAUGUAUAUAUGGGUAGUUGACGUAUCAAUGUGUCCUAUGGCGUGAAAUGUAAAAAAAAUAACCUCUAACAUUGAAGAGAAACCUCUCUCAUGCUAUUUGUAACUCUACGAAUGAAGAUACAUUUUUCUCAUGUUAUUUGUAAGUGUUUUUUUGUUUUGUUUUUUUUUUACAUUUUUGCUGUCACACCAUAGGACAGUCCAAUUUUUAUUUGUCAACUACCCAUAUAUAUAUAUAUAUAUAUAUACACACAG